AGAAAGGGACGUAAGGGGGAUUUUGGAAAAUGUCGUGGGAGCGAAGUGGCAAUAGUGAAAUAAGAGUUGAGAUUAGCACCAAGCAGAAGCGGAGUAGCGCUGAGUCUAAACUCGAAACGGGAGAGAGAGAGAGAGAGAGAGAGAGAGAGAAGAGGAACCGUCUUCGUUAAGGUCAAAUUUCCUCAACCACCAACUAACACGUAUCGCCGGAGUUCUCCGCCGCCGCGCACGGCGAAUCCCGACGCCUCUCAAUUUAUGCUAUAUUCGAUCGCCUGCGUUCCGCGACUCUCGUCGACGGAAUUCCCGGUGACUUACCGGUGGCCCGUAGAAAAUAGUUUAUCUCCUUAUUAUGAAGAAUCAGACCAAGGACAACGGUGGCAGCAAGAGCAGCAAUGGAUUCGUUCCUUCUUCCUUCAAGUUUAUAUCGUCUUGCAUUAAGACGGCGUCCUCCGGCGUACGUUCCGCCGGCGCCUCCGUCGCUGCCUCCUUAUCCGGCGAAGGACACGACCGUAGAGACCAGGUGCUUUGGGCUUGCUUUGACAGGCUAGAACUAAGUCCGUCUUCUUUCAAGCAUGUCCUCUUACUUGGUUAUUCCAAUGGCUUUCAAGUUCUUGACGUGGAAGAUGCCUCUAGUGUCAGGGAACUUGUGUCUAGACGUGAUGAUCCAGUUUCCUUUUUACAGAUGCAGCCUGUUCCUGCAAAAUCAGAAGGUUGUGAAGGAUUUGGAGCAUCCCACCCUUUACUGUUGGUUGUUGCAUGUGAUAAAUCAAAGAUCCCCGGUAAAAUGCUAAAUGUAAGAGAUGGCCAUAACGAAGCUCAAGCGGAAAAUAUUGUUAGCUCAGCUACAGCAGUUCGGUUUUACUCAUUAAGGUCCCAUACCUACGUUCACGCUCUGAGAUUUCGUUCAACUGUAUACAUGGUUAGGUGCAGUCCUCGACUGGUGGCGGUUGGUCUAGCUACGCAAAUAUAUUGUUUUGACGCUCUUACACUUGAGAAUAAAUUCAGUGUUCUCACUUACCCCGUACCUCAGUUGGGAGGACAAGGAAUGAUUGGGGUUAAUGUUGGCUACGGUCCUAUGGCUGUAGGUCCUCGGUGGUUAGCUUAUGCCUCAAACAGCCCAUUGUUGUCAAACACUGGUCGCCUGAGUCCUCAGAGUCUUACUCCUCCUGCUGGCAGCCCAUCGACAUCACCCAGCAGUGGAAACCUGGUAGCUCGAUAUGCCAUGGAAUCUAGCAAGCAUUUGGCGGCAGGGCUGAUCAAUCUUAGUGAUAUGGGAUACAAAACAUUGUCUAAAUAUUAUCAAGAUCUAAUACCUGAUGGAUCUAGCUCUCCUGUAUCGUCAAGCUCAAGUUGGAAAGUUAGUCGAUUUGCAUCAAAUUCUACAGAAACAGAUACAGCCGGGAUGGUUGUUGUCAAGGACUUUGUUUCUAGAGCUAUUGUGGCACAAUUUAGGGCUCAUACUAGUCCAAUAUCUGCAUUAUGUUUUGACCCAAGUGGGACACUUUUGGUUACAGCCUCAAUUCAUGGCAACAACAUUAAUAUAUUUCGAAUUAUGCCAUCCUGCUCAAAAAGUGGACCAGGUUCUCAAAGCAGUGAUUGGAGCUGUUCACAUGUGCACCUUUACAAGCUCCACCGUGGCAUGACAUCUGCUGUAAUACAAGAUAUUUGCUUUAGCCAUAACAGUCACUGGGUUGCCAUCAUUUCCUCCAAGGGAACUUGUCAUAUUUUUGUUCUUGCUCCUUUUGGUGGUGAGACAGUUCUUAAGAUGCACGAUCAAGACACAGAUGGGCCUGCUCUUUUGCCAGUUUUUCCUCUACCAUGGUGGUUCACUCCACAUUUCACAGUAAAUCAGCAACAAUUGAGCCUGACACCCCCACCUCCUGUUGUUCUUUCAGUGGUUAGUAGAAUAAAGAAUAGUAAUGCCGGAUGGCUCAAUACAGUUAGUAGUGCGGCAUCUUCUGCAGCAGGGAAAGUUCCAAUUCCAUCUGGUGCUGUUUCUGCUGUCUUUCACAGUUCCAUUCCUCAUGUUUCACAGAAUGCAUACUCAAAAAUUCAGGCUAUGGAGCACUUGUUAGUUUAUACCCCUUCUGGUCAUUUAAUUCAAUAUAAACUACUACCACCAUUGGUGGCAGAUUCAAGUGAAACUACUUCAAGAACAGCCCUAGUUCCAUUAGCACAGAUACAAGAAGAAGAUUUGCGUGUGAAGGUUGAACCUGUUCAGUGGUGGGAUGUCUGUAGGAGAUAUGAUUGGCCAGAAAAAGAAGUGUGUGUAUUGGGGAAUACUGUCGGUGGACUGGAAGCUGAAGAAAUGAUUUUGGAUAAUUCAGAUUAUGAGGUUAAUAGAAUCGGGAGCAAUAAUUCUAUAAAACUUAAUAAACAAUGUCAUUUCUCAAAUGCAGAGGUACAUAUAAGCUCUGGGCGGAUACCAAUUUGGCAGGAGUCCGAGGUCUCUCUCUUUGUGAUGAGUCCUUUGAAAGCUGCUGGAGUGCCAGAUUUGUAUGAGCUUAUUACUAGGGGGGAAAUUGAAAUAGAGAGUAUUCAAGCUAAUGAGAUUGAAAUAAAACAGAAAGAUCUGUUGCCCAUCUUCGAUCAUUUCCACAGAAUUCAGUCUACUUGGGGUGACAGAGGUAUUAUUAUGGGACGGUGCUCUAGCUCUUCGUCUGAUUCCCAUGGAAAUGAGGAGAAGUUGUCAGAAGAAGCUGCAAUUUUCAAUUCAAAAUUGACGGUACCUGGUCAAGCUGUCAAGACGUUUGUUGGUGCCUCAAGUUUUGACAAUGCUAUAACUGCAAAGGUUAAAUCAUCAAAUCAUGAUAAAGCCAAUGACAGUUUCAAUUCAAGUUCUAGUGGCUGUGAAUUGAAUAUGAAUGUUAUUUGUGAGGAGUCAAUACGUGACUCACCAGACUUCGAUCAAUUUUUUCAAGAAGGUUAUUGUAAAGCAUCAGUUGAUUGUCAUGAAUCAACAGAAGUCAUAACAGAAGUGGAUUGUAGCAGUCCCUGUGGCAGGGAAAAAUCUGAUGAAGAUGGUGAUAAUGAUGACAUGCUUGGCGAUGUAUUUGACUUCUCUGAAGAAGGUUGACGAUCACUAAUCUUAUGCUUGCCUCCCUCUGAACUACUGUAAAUUGGUCCUGUAAAGGAGAAAUUAAUUGACAAAUGCAGGUGAUUUCCUUGCAACAACCUAAAUGCACUGACCAUUGAUUCAAGGAAUUUGUUGUUUUUCCCUUUCAAUAUUCCUUCCCAGUCCAAUGAUUCUUCUCACCUUCUAAUUUCAUGUAAAUGAUGUAAUUGAAAUUCAGAACUACAAAUUAUUUGUGUGGGUUCUGGGUGGGUUCUGUGCGUGUGUAUUAUAUUUUUUUCUUCAUAGUUCAUUGCUUUGGAGGCAAAGCGAACUGGCCAAAGAGAAAAGGGGGAGAGAGGGCAGAUAGUUUGAUUGUUUUACCCUGCUCUCUUAUGUUUCGUUUGUGCUGGGUUAUUUAUAUUUUUCGUCACAGUCUUUGCUUAAUUCAAGAGAUUCAUUUGUCCAUUGCAAAA